AUGUCUCGAUCCCCACGUUACAUCUCCAAGCUCUAUGGCCGUCACAUCCUAGUCCUCGGUGGGACCUCUGGAAUUGGCUUCGCGGUCGCUGAAGCCGCUCUCGAGCACGGAGCCAAGGUCGUCAUCAGCAGCUCGAAGCAAGAUAAAGUCAACCGUGCCCUCGAACGUCUCUACGAUGUGCCUCAGCCUUUUGCUAUGGAGCUCUCAACGCCUAGAGACGCAUCAGGCCCACCAGUGAGAGGCGCCACUUGCGAUGUUGGAGACUCGGCCACGGUCGAGGCCAACUUGCAGGCGCUACUCGACUUCGCAACAUCUAACAGGACGCAGUUGCUGGACCACGUCGUCUUCACUGCCGGAGAUCCUGUUGGUGCGGCCACUUAUGGGCAGUCGACGGCUGAGGACCUCCAGAAACGACAGUUAGUCCGCGUGAUAGCGCCGAGCAUCCUGGGCAAGCUACUUCCCAAUUACGUGAACAACACGCCUACCAGCUCGUACACCCUCACGUCGUCCACCAUCGGGGUUAAGCCCUCACCGUUACUGACUGCCUUUACUGCGCAGUCCAUCGCCGUCCAGGGACUAGCUCGCGGCUUGGCGGUAGAGUUAAAGCCGGUGCGCGUGAAUGCCAUCGAAUUCGGCCUCGUGCCUACUGAGCUACAUGAUCUUUGGCCCCAGCAGAUGAAGGAUGCUGUCUUUGGGAAGUACAGGGCGACGAGUCUAACAGGGUCUACUGGAGACGUGGUGGACGCGGCGGAGCCGUACCUAUUUUGCAUGAAGAAUGCAUUUAUAACCGGCACAUCGAUAGUUUCCGAUGGCGGCGUGGCUUUGGUUUGA